CCUGAUGUGACGAAUGAUUCAGUGACAAGUAAGAAGUUACAAUGAAAUAAGAUAAGAAAUAAGACCGGCGUGAUUAAAAUAUACCCAACGAGAUAUGAAUUUAUGGCAUUAGGUGAGGUAUUAUUGUCGGGAAACGUUUACGGAAGAAGCCUACGGAAAGCUUUGAAUAAAACUCCUAACUUUCAAAUUCCCGUGGCGUAUCCGUAUAGGUACUUUUAUUUAGCUUGCGCAGCGCAGCGUCGGAUCGUGCUCACCAUCAAGAGCAACAAAGACUGCAGCCUCCAGGACCUAUUGCAGCAUAUUACGACGCACGUGUUUUAUACAAAGAUAAGCGGUUUCAGCCGGCCACGUGCGCAACACGUUCUUCUGACUCACAGUUGGCAGCUUCUCCGAACUCAGUGAAGGCACGAUGCAAGGUCUGCUAUCUCCUCUUGCCUUCCACACCAAUCUCUUCUCUGCGCGCGCCAAGCCCUGCGGUGACGGCCUGGUCUUCCGCUUACACUACCGAGUGACGUUCGCCCUACUGAUGGCCUGCUGCCUGCUGGUGACGGCCACCCAGUAUAUCGGAGCGCCCAUCUCCUGCCUGAGUGACGACUCUCUGCCGCAGAACGUCAUCAACACGUACUGCUACAUCGCCAGCACGUUCACCCUGCCGUCUUCCACCGCGCUGCGGCACGGCUGGAAGGCCGCGCAGCGUCGCCGUGUGGUUCCGGGAAGCGGACCCGAGGAGCGGCGCUACCACAAUUACUACAUGUGGGUGCCCUACAUGCUGUUCCUGCAGUCAGUCUCCUUCUACCUGCCGCACUGGAUCUGGAAGGUGGCGCAAACGGACAAAGUGCGCGGAAUACUGCAGGGUCUCAACUACGUGGUAGUUGACGACGAACAACGCCGCAUGAAGGAGGCCCUCAUGGUCAACUACCUGGUCUUCCACUGGGGCUCCCACACAGCCUGGGCCUUCAAGUACGUGUUGUGCGAGACUCUGAACCUGCUAAACACGGUGCUUCAGCUGGUGGUGACCGACUCGUUCCUCGGAGGACAGUUCCUCGGCUACGGACCUCGGGUUGUUCAGUACCUGCGGCACGGCGCCGAGGAGGAUGACGACCCGAUGAAUCAGGUUUUUCCGCGGCUAACAAAGUGCACUUUCUACCGUUUUGGAGCUGGAGGAAGUUUGGAGAGAUUCGACGCUCUCUGCGUCCUCAGCAUCAACGUGGUCAACGACAAGAUCUACCUGACCGUCUGGUUCUGGUACAUCGUUCUCAUUGCACUGGGCAGUUUGCUGUUCGUGUACCGGCUGGCCACCGUAUUCUCGCCAAAGCUGCGUCGCCGUCUGCUGCUGGCUAGAGGGAGCCGGUACGGUGCCGACCCGGCCAUUGAUGACGUCACAAGAAAGUGCGGCUACGGCGACUGGUAUUUGCUGCGCACGUUGAGCCGGAAUAUGAGUGCACCUGUGUUCUCCAGCGUAGUCAGACAGCUAGCUGUUCAGUUGCCGCGAACACGGACAACAAUGGUCGAGGUCAAAGUAUGACGUCAUGCAUAUAGUGGUGGGAGGACUGCGGAUAGUGAUGGAAAGACUGCAAAUAAUGAUGGGCGGACUCGCAUAUAGUGAUGGGAGGAAUCGCAGGUAUAGUGAUGCGUCAAUUUAAAUACGGAGAGGGCAGAUAUCAGUGAUAGUGAUUAACAGGAGUCACAUAGAUUGAUGGGAGAAGCGACGUUCCAAUUCUAACGUUCCGUGAACGACAUCAAAAUACGAUCACAUUCGCACCUUUGAUUGAUAUGUGUUAUGUCUAAUGACGCAUCUGCAUGCUACAAUGGUUUGAAAGGAAUAUUUAGCCGAUUGCAAGGUUGUUGAAAUAAUGCCUAAUGGCGAGGUGUUACUGAAGCAUAUUGCGUAAUGUGUAUCCAUGUAUUUUUACUGGCAAAUGUGAGCACUGAUUGGGCGUGUCCAUUAGCAUUGCUAUUAUUAGCACCGUUAGAAGACAUUUAGCAAAAUGUUAAGUAUUGUCAUGUAGUUUGCGCUAAAUGACGAAAAUUGGACCAUAUUGUGUCCAACUUUCUUCGUUUUUACAGGGUCCAUAAAUGCUUACGAUUUGGUAUUUGAAAACUGAAACAUUCUACGGUCAUCAACUAUUUUCAUCGUUAACUUUAAUAAGAAAAAAGUUAGGAAAUAAUGAAUAGUGAAGAAAUCAAUGUUUACCCAGUUAUCGAUUCAUAAUGCAUGUAUUUAUAACUUAUAAGUUAUCACUAGAUGCCGUGCUUGGUUUUAAGAGCACGCAGAUACAAAAGUGUUGAGAAGACAGCCAAGUAGGUAGGUAGCCUAUACUGUUAGAUUCGUCACGGCUAACUAUGUCAUGUUAUAACCGCAUCGGCAAAGAACUGGUAAUUAGGUAUCAUCCAAUAUCAUGUAGGAUUCUGGACAUCAUACGGUCAACCCCGUCUAUUUGUAUGUGAAUACUGGACAUGGUUCAUGCUUUAGCUGUAUUUUUCUGCUUGACAUGAUGCUAUAGUGCCUUCAUAGCCAUUGUUUAUAAAAAAAUACGCAUUCUUGAAGUGAAAACUCGUGAUCUUUACGCUCAACUGCCAUCGCUGUCAGUGUUGUUCUGUGUGCUUCCAUACAGCCUAGGUGCUGAUUUUAGGCAAAGUCAGGUGUCAUAUCGGUUCAAUUACGAAUGUAUUGUAUCAUCUAUAUUGUGUUGUAUAUUUACAAUGUAUAUUGUUUGUAGUGAUGUAUGGAUUGGUGAUGUUGGAAUCGGCCCAUAUGCAUCAAUACACGUGUGUCUUUA